ACCUCACCUGGUUCACCGAAAUAACGAGAUAGGAAAAAGUCGCCAGAAGCCGCAAAAUAUCUCGAGAAAUCAAGCGAUCAACAGAGCCCGAGGGCAGCAGCGAUGAUGAUGACGAGGUUGAGGAGCCAAGCGCUGCUGAUGGGUUCCUCCUCCUACCCGCUCGCCUCUGCGCUCCGUCGCGUUUCUUCUCUCCCUCAGCGUUCUACGAUAACACCACCCUUGGUUUCUCGCCGAAGCUUGAGGGUAGCUUCGUCUCCGUCGAGGUCGAAGCUGGAACCUCGAGGGGCUUCGACUGGAGGACCUCGGUCGAGAUUCUGCGCCGUGCGCGCUUCUCAUCAGGCGUCUGAUGCGGGGCCCAUCGACUCCAACAUGAUGCAGUCCAUGGAGACCAAGAUUAAGGAGCAACUAAAUGCUGAAACGGUGAUUGUUAAGGAUGCUUACGGAGAUGGUCGACAUGUCAGCAUUUAUGUUGUUUCAACUGCAUUUGAAGGACAAUCUGCCGUAAACAGGCAGAGGAUGGUGUAUAAAGCUAUAUGGGAGGAGCUGCAAAGCACCGUCCAUGCUGUUGACCAAAUGGUUACUAGCACUCCAGCAGAAGCUAAUAAGACAAGCACCCCAGCCGAAGCUAAUGAGAAUCAGUAAUAAUUCCGAACUUUAGACGAAAGAAAAUUCUUCAUUUCCUUUAAGAGAACAUAAAGCCUUAUUCAUUUAGGCUGCAUAUACUUAUUUUAUCUCUAUUUUGUGGCACUGCCUCACUCCAGAUGGCAUGUCUUAAUUACUUUGAGUUAUUAUUUACUGAUCGAUUCUGUCC